AAUGAACUAUCGGUAGAUCGCAGCCACGUCGAAACUCACUGUGACGAUUGUCUUGUUUGUAUAUUACAAGAGAGAGAAAAUACUAAGAAAUAUUUGUAAUAAUAUUAACAACAAUAAAUUAAUUAAAUAGUGAAUAAUAAAUCUAUUAGGCGUCAAAAAUGCCUUUACGUCUCGAUAUAAAACGUAAAUUAUCAGCAAGAUCUGACAGAGUUAAAAGUGUUGAUCUACAUCCAACAGAACCAUGGAUGUUAUGCUCACUCUAUCAGGGAAAUGUCAACAUCUGGAAUUAUGAAACUCAAUUAUUACUUAAGACAUUUGAAGUAUGUGAUUUACCAGUUAGAACAGCAAAAUUUAUAACACGUAAAAAUUGGAUUGUAGCUGGUUCAGAUGAUAUGAUGGUACGUGUAUUUAAUUAUAAUACACUUGAAAAAGUACAUUCAUUUGAAGUACACAGUGAUUAUGUUAGAAGUAUUGCUGUACAUCCAACUCAACCAUUUAUACUCACAAGUAGUGAUGAUAUGCUUAUAAAAUUAUGGAAUUGGGAAAAAUCAUGGCGUGCUCAACAAAUAUUUGAAGGACAUACACAUUAUGUUAUGCAAGUUGUAUUUAAUCCAAAAGAUAAUAAUACAUUUGCAAGUGCAUCACUUGAUCGUACAGUUAAAGUAUGGCAAUUAGGUUCAUCAACAGCAAAUUUUACACUUGAUGGUCAUGAAAGAGGUGUUAAUUGUGUUGAUUAUUAUCAUCAUGGUGAUAAACCAUAUUUAGUAUCAGGAGCUGAUGAUAGAUUUGUUAAAAUAUGGGAUUAUCAAAAUAAAACAUGUGUACAAACACUUGAAGGACAUACACAAAAUAUAUCAGCAGUAUGUUUUCAUCCAGAAUUACCAAUAUUAUUAACUGGCUCAGAGGAUGGUACUGUUAGAAUAUGGCAUUCUGGUACAUAUAGACUUGAAUCAUCAUUAAAUUAUGGUUUUGAAAGAGUAUGGGCAUUAGGAGGAAUACGUGGAUCAAAUAAUGUUGUAAUUGGUUAUGAUGAAGGUAGUGUUAUGAUUAAAGUUGGACGUGAAGAACCAGCAGUAUCAAUGGAUUCAAUGGGUGGUAAAAUAGUAUGGGCAAAACAUAGUGAAAUACAACAAGUUAAUUUAAAAGCACUUGAUGAAGAAAUACAAGAUGGUGAACGUUUACCACUUGCAAUAAAAGAUAUGGGUGGAUGUGAAAUAUAUCCUCAAACAAUUCAACAUAAUCCAAAUGGUAGAUUUCUUGUUGUUUGUGGUGAUGGUGAAUGGAUAAUAUAUACAUCAAUGGCAUUAAGAAAUAAAGCAUUUGGACAAGCACUUGAAUUUGUAUGGGCUGCUGAUUCAAGUCAAUAUGCAACACGUGAACAUUCAUCAGCUGUUAAAUUAUUUAAAAAUUUUAAAGAAAAAACAUUUCUUAAACCAGAUUUUGGUGUUGAUGGUAUAUUUGGUGGUUAUUUAUUGGGUGUAUCAUCAGCAUCUGGAUUGUCAUUUUAUGAUUGGGAUACAACAAAAUUAAUACGUCGUAUUGAUAUACAACCAACACAUGUUUAUUGGGCUGAAAAUGCAUCAUUAAUUGCACUAGCAACUGCUGAUCAAUAUUUUAUAUUAAAAUAUCAUAGUGAUAUUGUUGCAAAUGCUGGUGAAGAUGCUGAAGAUAUUACUGAUGCAUUUGAAAUGGUUGCUGAAAUGAAUGAAGUUGUUAAAACUGGUAUAUGGGUUGGUGAUUGUUUUAUUUAUACAAAUAGUGUAAAUAGAGUUAAUUAUUUUGUUGGUGGUGAAGUUGUUACAGUAUCACAUCUUGAUAGACCAAUGUAUUUACUUGGUUAUGUACCAAAAGAUAAUAGACUUUAUCUUUGUGAUAAAGAACUUGGUAUUGUAUCAUAUUCAUUAUUAUUAUCUGUACUUGAAUAUCAAACAGCUGUUAUGAGAAAAGAUUUUGAAACAGCUGAUCGUGUAUUACCAACAGUACCAAGUGAACAUCGUACACGUGUUGCACAUUUUCUUGAAAAACAAGGUUUUAAAAAACAAGCACUUGAUGUAUCAAAUGAUCCAGAGCAUAAAUUUGAACUUGCAUUAUCACUUGGUAAUUUAGAUGUUGCUCAUACACUUGCUAUUGAUGCAAAUAGCCAUCAAAAAUGGCGUCAAUUAGCAUCACUUGCAACACAACAUGGUAAAUUAAGAUUAGCACAAGAAUGUUUACAUAAUGCACGUGAUUUUGGUGGUUUAUUAUUAUUAGCAACAAGUACUGGUAAUGCUAAUAUGAUUGAAAAAUUAGGCAAUGUUGCUGAUGAAAGUGGAAAAAAUAAUAUAUCAUUUUUAUCACAUUUUUUACUUGGUGAUAUUGAUAAAUGUCUUGAUAUACUUAUUAAAACUGAUCGUAUACCAGAAGCAGCAUUUUUUGCACGUGCAUAUGCACCAAGUAAAAUAUCAUAUGUUGUUAAAUUAUGGAAAGAAAAAUUAUCUCUUAUUAGUGAAAAAGCUGGACAAAGUUUAGCUGAUCCAGAACAAUAUGAAAAUUUAUUUCCUGGUUAUAGAGAAUCAUUGAGAGUUGAAAAAUUUUUAAAUGAAGAAAAUAAAAAAAAAAUACCAGCUCUUGCAUUUCCAACAGUCAAGCCAAAUAUUGAUCGUAAACCAUUAGAAGAAAUGCUUGAAGCUGAAGCAUCAUCUUCAUCAUCAAUUGAUCACAUGUCUGAUAGACUUCAUGAUCUUGGUAUUGCAAAUAAAUUAUCAACAAUGAAAGAACCAUUGCUUCCUCAAAAUAUUGAUAAUCCAAGCCGUUCAUCAAGGCCACUUAUUGUUGAUGAUGAAUUGGAUAUUGAAUUGGAACUAGAUGAAAAUAUUGAUACAACUGAUGUCAAUUUAGAUGAUGAACUUCUGACUGAAGAAGAAGAAUAAACCCGACCAUUGAUAUAUAUUUAUAAAUAAUAUAUUUACUACAAAAAAAACUUGGAUUAUCUUUUUCAUUCCUCACAUUUUUAUUAAACUUCUGAGUAUUAAAAAUGAAGAAAAAAAAAAAUAAAUAAAUAU